AUGGAGCAAGAAAACUCUAUGAAAAGAUGGUGGUUCAAUUCGAUGUUAUUUAAGAAGGAGUUCGAACACAGAUGUAGGCUAAGUAAAUCAAUGGGCAGUCUUGGUCCUAUUGAAAAUGCCAGUGAAAGUAAAGAUCCGAAUAGAAAUGAUACGGAUAAAAACAUUCAGGGUUGGGGUGGUCAUGACAAUUACAGUAAUGUUGAUCUUUUUUUUGGCGUCAAGGACAUUCGGAAUUUUUUCUCUGAUGAUACUUUUUUAGUGAAAUAUAGUAAUGGGGACAGUUGUUCUAUAUAUUUUGAUAUUGAAAAGAAUAUUUUUGAGAUUGCCAAUGAUCAUCUUUUUUAUAGUGAACUAGAAAGUUCUUUUUAUCGGAAUUCUAGUGAUCUGAAUAAUGGAUCUAAGAGUAAGAAUCCCGACCACGAUCGUUACAUGGAUGAUACUCAGUAUACUUGGAAUAAUCACAUUAAUAGUUGCAUUGACAGUUAUCUUCAGUCCGAAAUCUGUAUUGAUAAUUACAUUCUAAGUGUUAAUUACAAUUCCAGUAACGAUAAUUCCAGUAAUGACAAUUCCAGUAAUGACAAUUCCAGUAAUGACAAUUACAGUAAUGAUAAUUCCAGUAAUGACAAUUACAGUAAUGACAAUUACAUUUCUAGUUCCAUUUGUAGUGAAAGUGAAAAUAUUAGUCAAGACGAGGAUAUCACAACGGAUGAUGAAACUAUACCAGAAAGUUCUACUCAUAUGGGUGUAACUCAACAAUACCGGCAUUUGUGGGUUCAAUGCGAAAAUUGUUAUGGAUUAAAUUAUAAGAAAUUUUUUAAAUCAAAGAUGAAUCUUUGUGAACAAUGUGGAUAUCAUUUGAAAAUGAGUAGUUUAGAUAGAAUCGAACUUUUGAUCGAUCCGGGCACUUGGGAGCCUAUGGAUGAAGACAUGGUCUCUCUGGAUCCCAUUGAAUUUCAUUCGGAGGAGGAGCCUUAUAAAAUCGUAUCGAUUCUUAUCAAAGAAAUACAGGAUUAA